ACUAUUUUUCUUACACUUGAUUGUUAUUAUUUUUAUAUAAAAUAAUAAUAGGAUACAAAAUAUAGGCGCGCGGUUAUUAAGUGUUUGUGACAACGUAACCUAUAAUAAACAUUUUCUCUGUAUUUUGAUUUAGAGUUUUUAUAUUUAAAUUUUUUAAUUCUGUACGUUGCUUUCCACGUAUUUGUCAGAUAAAGUGUGUAAAAAAGUAUUUUUGCUUUGAAUAAUAAAAGGUAGCAGUUGGAUAUAUAUAAUCAGUUCUAUUCUAUUGUUUCUAUAAACAAAGAAAAUAGUUUUAUACAUUUUUUUAUCACAUGUCAAUUAUUUCAUUUUUUGUUUAUAUAUAUAGUGUUAUAAACGUAGUUGGAAGGAAAGAGCUGAGACCAUAGUUAUAAAAAGGUUGAAAGUUAAAGAGCGACAAGAUUAUAUUUUAAAAAGAGUUAAUAAAUUAUUAGAAUCAAAAUGUAGACUCAAGUGCAAUAGUUUAAGCAACAGCAAUUUGUCAAUUUCAAGAGACUCUGAAGAAGAAAAUUUGCAACUUAAUGAAUUAAUAGAUUUAAAUCAUUAUUCUCAAAGUGAACUUGAGAUUCAAGAAGAUAUAGCUUUCGAAAGACUUUCUAAUGUCAUGAGUUUUGAUGAAAAUAUAGAUAAAAGUGAAAAUAGAGAUGAAAAUGAAUGUAUAGAUGAGAGUGAAAAUAGAGAUGAAAAUGAAAAUUAAAAUGAGUGCAAAGGUAUAGAUGAGAGUGAAAAUACAGAUGAAAGUAUAUAUGAAAGUGAAAAUACGAAUAAAAGUGAAAAUGGAGAUGAAAAUGUUAAUACAGUUUUUGAAAAUAAUCAGCAAAAGGAAAAUUAUGUAAUAUUAGCUUUACGUCAAUGGGCUUUAUCAGGUGGUGUUAUUUCUAUGUCAAAAAUAGAUGAAUUACUUGCAAAACUUCAACCUGUAUUUAAUAAUCUGCCUAAAUGUUAUAAAACUUUAUUGAAAAUUGAUGACGAUAUACAUAUAACUCACUUUGAAAAUAGAGGACAAUUUUGGUAUCGAGGAAUUAAAAAUUAUUUGGAUGGGCUUAAUUUAAAAAAGUACUUGCAAGUAAAACAAAAAAUUGAAAUAGAUAUUAAUACUGACGGACUCCCUCUUUUUCGAAGUUCAAAGAAAAAAUUUUGGCCAAUAUUAGGACAUCUCGUAGGAACUAAAAAUUAUCCAUUCAUUAUUGCUAUUUAUUUUGGGAAUUCUGAUCCAAAUAAUGUGAAAGAGUUUUUGCAAGAUUUUGUAACUGAAGUUGAUAAUCUAAUUUCUAAUGGUUAUGUACGAUAUGGAAAAACUUUUAUUUUUUUAAUUAGACAUUAUAUUCUUGAUGCUCCAGCUAGAGAAUUAAUAAAAUGUUGUAUAGGCCAUAAUGGAUAUGCUUCAUGUGAAAAAUGUACAGUAUGGGGAGAACGAUUAGAUUAUAGGCAAACGUAUAUUGAUUUACAUGCUCCUUUAAGAACUGACGAAAGUUUUAAAAAUCAAAUGCAACCUCGCCAUCAUAAAGGAGUAUCACCUCUUCUUCAACUUAAUACCAAAAUGGUCUCUCAGUUUCGAUUAGAGCCUAUGCAUUUGGUAUAUGAAGGUGUGUUUAAGAGAUUAUUAGAAGCAUGGAAGAAUUGGAUAAGUCCAUGGAAACUACACUGGACUGUUGUAAACAGAAUAUCUGAUAGGCUGAUUCUGUUAGCCCCUUCUUGUCCUCAGGACUUUGCUCGAAAACCCAGAUCUUUACAUGAAUUAUCAUUUUACAAAGCAACGGAAUUCCGUCGUUUAUGUUUAUACGAUGGCAUAGCAGCUUUUGCUUCACAUCCUGAUAUAAAUAUUUAUAAGCACUUUCUAUUAUUGCAUUGUGGAAUUUAUAUUCUUACAAGUCCCAUUCUUUAUAAAAGUUUUAACGAGUAUGCAAAUACUCUACUCAGAACUUUUAUCCAACAUUCUAUCACAUUAUUUAGAAAAUUAUUUGUUGUAUAUAAUGUUCACUCUCUUUGCCAUUUGGCACAAGAAUGUAUUGAUCAUGGUUGUUUAGAUACAUUUAGUGCCUUUCGUUAUGAAAACAAAUUAAAAAUGAUUAAAAGUAACCUCAAAUCUGGUUUUAAACCCAUUCAACAAGCAGCAAAACGUGAGCUAGAACAAAUUUGUCGUUUUGAAAUUUAUAAAUGAAGAUGUUGAUUGCGACGAGGAAGACGAUUCUUUAUUUGAAGUUGGUCUUAUUAAAUGGCUAAAACAAUUAGAUGAAGAAACAAAUGCAAAAAUUUCUUGGCCUCCUAAAUCUGAGCAGAGUACUGCAAUUAAAAAAGAAAUAGAUGCACUUCCUUCAUGGCCGAUAUAUAAUGUUACUGUUUUAAAAUGUUAUGAUACACUUUUGGCUGCACGAAAUGCACGAAAUGGAUAUAUUAUGUCGUCUAAUUAUGAAACAGAGUGUGAAUUUGGUCGUGGUAAACGUAAAAAAAUUAAGCGGCAGUUUGCAUGUGAUGAAUCUCUCUCGACAAAAGUGACAAAAAAGAAGAAAUUUAAAAAUAUUUCAACUUCUGAUGAUUCAGAUUUUGAUAGAGAUGAUAGUGCUAUAAAAAAAUAUAAAUUUAAACAUGCUCCUUCUCCGCCACUUAUCUUGUUUCGAUCAGAAAAUAAUAAAGUAAAACAAUAUCAAAACAAUAUUAUCACAGAUAGCAAAACAAAAAAAUUUGAAAGAUUACAGAAAAAUAAACAAUUAGAAAAAAAAAUGACGCAAUGUUGACAUUUUCUAAAAAUCAUAAAUCUAAAAAGGAUCUCUUACUUACAAAAAUAUGUCAAGCAAGGAAGGUAACUUCAGUUACGGAUAACAAAACAAAAAUCAUAGAGAUUGCAAGAGAAAAACAGAAAUGUUUAAUAGAAGAUAAUAUGGAUUCUGAUAAUGCUACAGAAGAAAAUAUUGAUCCUAAUAUUCCACGAGAGGACGAUUUUUCAAUGAAAGUUCAGGAUAUCAAAUAAAGAUGUAUCUCCAAGUACAAGUGCAAGAUCGAUAAAUAUAGAGACACCAGGUACAUCAAAAGAUUACUGUAUUUAUGAAGCAAAUAUAUCUGAUGAAAAAUCAUCAUCUUCAAUAUGCACUUCUCCAUCAGAAUUACGUCAAAAGAGUCCAGUUACUUCACAUGUGACAGCUGUAACUACACCGAGUUCAUCUUGUAGAUCAAGUAACAUAUAUGACUUUGUACCUUUUAAUUUUUUCUAAAGCAUCAAAUAUUACGUUUUGAUUUUCUUACAGGUAGUGUAUUAGAUGUGUCUAAAGCGACCUUUGAUAUGAAAGCUUUUGAAAAAAAGAUGUAUUCGUUAAAUUAAGAAAUUAGUAGCAAAUUAGAUAUGAUUACUAUGAAUUUAUGCAGAUUAAAUCGCUUUCUUCUACCACAUGAGAAAAGAAUAAUAAGACCAGCAGAUCUUCCAGCACUUCCAUUGACAACAGAGGAAGAAUUAGAAAAAUUUGAAAAAUAUUUAACGAAAGAUGAUAAUGCUGGUGCAACUAUUUGUUACAUGAGUCAAAUUAUUGGUCCUAAAGACAAUAUUAAGGAAGCUACAUAUAAAGUACUAAGGAAACUUAUUUCAAACACAUUGGCAGCAGACUUUACUUUAAAAAGUGGUAAACAUUUAUCCAAAAAAUGUUUCGAAAAGCUGAUGCUGUAUGAAGUUGUUCAAGGUGCCAUUUUAGACAAAAGGCCAGAAACAGAAAUCCCAGAGAUUGAUGCAGCUACUUCACUGUGGCUAAAGCAAGCACCUUGGCGUCGCCAAGAUAACGGCAGUAUGGGGAAAAGAAUAAAAAAAUAAGAUUAUUUUUGUGUUUCUUUUGUUUUAAAAUUUGACUAUUUUUUUAUUGUCAUUUGACGAUUUUUAUAGCAUAUUUAUGGCUGAACUAUGCUCUGCUCUAUAUUUAAAACAACAAAAUGUCUGCGACAAAAAUAUCUAUUUUUUUAUG